AUGAUGCUCUUCGGGGUGAUCCUCAUGUAUUUAAUAUCUCCCUUCGUCAUCCUCGCAUUCGCACCCAUUUACCUCGCCUUCUUCAUUUGGCGAACAUUCGUGAAAAUCAGCCUCUGGGCCAAGUUCGGGUCUGGAGCCUCACUCAUGCGAUCCGUGGACUCGGCCCCAGUCCACUGGCCACUACGCUGCCCCGAGGCCCUCUCGUGCAUCUUGAUCGAAGUUGCGGGAAACGUGGAGAUUUCUGCCCUGAGGCAGCGAAUCCGCAACAAUCUGCUCGACGUGAAAGACCCAGCGUCUGGGCAAUUCAAGCACCGACGUCUGCGUCAGGCCGUGUGUCGCUACAGAGGCUACUUCAUCUGGAAAGACGUCCAGGACUUCCGACUGGAGAACCACGUGGAUUUCCUGCGCCAACGAGACACCGGGGAAAUAGUGUCUUUCAAAGACGAAGCCGACAGAGCUCGAAUCGUCAACGUCAUCAUCAACGACUCUGACGACGUUUUCGAAUUUGGUCGACCUUGCUGGAAGUUCCUGGUGGUGCCACGAGUGGAUGCCAAGUCGACACUGAUUGUGCUCAUGUCGAAUCAUUGCAUGUGGGACGCCGGGGCCACUGGGAUGGUUCUUGUGCCAGCACUUUGCGACGGCGUCGUGGAGAAUCCGUUUAUGCACAUGAAGUCUGUGCCGGGCUGGGCCAGGGCCUGGCUCUACUUCAAGGGCUUGUUCGGGUUGCCGUUGUUCCUGGUGUCCCAGGCGUGUGGACCCGCAGACAGGAACCCGAUCAAGGCCAGAGCCCAGAGAAGUGCCAUGAUGAUGCCCAAAAAUGGGCAAAAGAGUCCGGGGAAAUUCUCCUACUGGGAAGGAUCAGUGCCAAUAGCUACAGUCAAGGAAAUCAAGAACUCAACAGGGCACAAGUUCAAUGAUGUGGUUCUCACUGCUGUUGCAAGAGCUCUGCGCAAGUAUUUCAUCAGCCUGAAUCCAGGAAAGGUGUACCUCUGGUCAGCCAUGUUACUCUACAACCAGCUUUCCUUCAAUGUUCUUCCAGUCUGGAUGGUUGAGCGGUUGCUGAAGCGAUUGGCAGGAAAGCCCACAAUGGCAAUAACGUUAUUCCGUGGCUCAGGGCAAAUUUUGAAGAUGUUUGGUCAUGUUAUUGACAAUUUCCAUGGAGUUCUGAGCAUCCCACAGACCACCCCCUUGGGAGUUCUGGUGCAGAGCAAUGCUGGGGAGUUGGCCAUCAAUGUUACAGGAUUGAAGACUGCUUUCCCUACCCUGGAAGACUUGAAGGUGGUGCAUAGGUUCAUUAGUGAAGAGAUAGAGGUUCUGGCACAGGAAGUGCGACAGCUCAAGGAAGAAUCUGGGAAUGGUGUGGAUUUGAAGCUUCUCAACCCUGGUUCUGUUGUCUAGGAUGUGCAUGGAUCUGAGAGAGAUAUUCAGAUGCAUUCUCACAAAGCAGGAGGAAUUUUCAAAUGCUUUCUAUCCCUGUUGCUGCUCAUUGAAAGCAGCAGAAGUAAUCUAAACCAGUGUUCCUCAACCUGUUUGAACCUGCAGACUGGUAAAUUCCCAUAACAAUUUUUCCUGACUGGCAAAAUCAGCAUAAAUUGUCUGCAGAAUGGCCAAGUUUCAUAACAUUUUUGCAUACUUGACAAAAUUUUGCUUCAAAGACUUUAUAGCAGGUAUUAAAAAGUUUCUACAUUUUUGCAAAAAUUAAGAACCUGUGAAGCAGCUUAGUGGCUUUUAUUCAAAUAAUCAGAAAGGUUGGCUCGGUGAGAGGUUUCUCAGAACAGAUAAAAUUUAAAGUAAUUUACUUCAGCAGAGUUGAAAAUUUAUCAGAAGAUUUUUUCAAAGAAAGGAAAAUUUUUCUUUUUUUCAUCCUAUAAUUUCAACUGUCAUUGUCUUUCCAAAAUUUCAGAUAAAGAUAAUUAACUGUAUGGCUAUUUUUGAUAAUUUUAUCAUGCUUCAGAAAUUUUUCCUGGGACUGGCAAAAAAAUUCUGUGGAAUAGCACUGGUGAGUGGGCCACAGGUUGGAGAACACUGAUCUAUACAAUGUAAAAUAGAGGGUUUUGGACGGAUGAGAGAAUUCUGCCUCUAAGCUUUAUAGCUGUGGUUUUUUGUGCUUUUUUGUGGGUUGACUCUGAUAUUUUUUGCAUCAUUGUUCCCUGAUGUAAUAAGUUAAAGUGUGUACUGUUCUUUAUAUGGUCAUCAACCAUGUAAAACUGACUGUAUCCGGUGCAUUUUAUGCCAAAAAUGCUUAAAAUAAAUUCCAAUCUCAAAAUUGUAUUAACUGCGGGCAUUUUGAGAAUUCCUGUGGAAUGAGACUAGAAUUUGUGAGUGUUUGAAAUCUUGUACCUUGUCAAAGCUCAAAGUGACUGGAUCCCUGUACCUCAUCAUUGAAUAUGGAUGUUGUGAAGGAUCUUGUUGAUGGAUCCUCUUUCAAAAUCUGAUAAUUUCCUGAGAUGGAAGGAAUUGGAGCUAUGAUUUGUCUUGUUCUCAAUUUUUCUGCUGAAGAUAAACAAAUGAAUUGUUUUCCAAUGACUUCAGGGCAA